CGGAAAGAUGAACACUUUAUCUUGGCAGUGCCAAGCUCUGCUGCUGCUCAGCUCGUUGUUGCUGGGCUUUGUUUCCGUGGACGUCGGAGCUCAGGAACCCGUUGAUGUGGAUAGUUCAGUGGAUCGUCCCGUAGAUGCUGCAGUUGAUCGUACAGCACGUCAGACUACAGUUCAGAAUACCAAUGUAAAUGCAAUCGGUGGAUGUCCUUUCAGUAACUGCGGUGGUCCUGGCGGCGGUGGUUCUUCUGGAGGUGGCUCUUCAGGAGGUGGUUCUUCAGGAGGUGGUUCCUCAGGAGGUGGAUCUUCAGGUGGUGGCUCUUCAGGAGGUGGUUCUUCAGGUGGUGGCUCCUCAGGUGGUGGAUCCUCUGGAGGAAGCGGCUCUUCCGGUGGCGGAGGCGGCUUCGGUGGAGGUGGCGGCGGCUUCGGAGGAGGCGUCGGUGGUGGCGGUAUACUUGGACUGGGCCUUGGACUGGGUCUUGGUUAGACAGUUGCCACGUCAAAACUUAAAGCAAAAACAAAGAUACUAUGCUGUAAAAAGCGAAACAUUAGCAAAGGAAACACGGGUUAAGGUUUUGGGAUUAGAGGUUUUAGGAUUAGGGAUACGGAAUUCGACAUAUUGCGAAUGUGCUUUAAUACAUAAAGAUAUUAAACUAUUAUUAAUUUCAAUAUUACUUGAUAUUGGGUUUUAGAAGUAGUGAAAGUUAUCAUAAAUAAAAUGAAUAAAGAAAAGUUUUUAACUUUUAUAUUGAA